AUGGCGGCGCCCUUGCUGAGCGCGGCUCUUCGCGGGGCCCGCGGCGGGCGGAGCUUCGGAACGGCCGCCGUGUUCUGGAAGAGGGCAGCCCCUCUGGGGCCCAUGCCCAACGAGGAUGUGGACGUGGCGAGGCUGGAGGAGCUGCAGCGGUACCGGAGCUUCGCGCGCUACCUGCGGCAGGCGGAGCGGGCGGGCCGGGAGCCGCGCUGGUGGAACACCUACCGCAAACACAGCGACCCCCCCGCAGAGCCCCAGCCAGACAUUGGCCUGCCCCGUGAGAGGCUGUCCCGGGCAGAGGAGCUGAAGGAAAGGAAGAGGAUCCUGAGGGAGAACCGCCGCAAUGCUGAGAUGGAGCGGGCGGCGCGGCUCCGCACCGUGCUCAUUCCCCUCGAUGAGGUCAGGGCUGAGUGGGAGAGGACCAGCGGCCCGUUCCACAAGCAGCGCGUGGCCGAGCACUGCGGGCUGUUCCGGGACCUGUUCAGGGGAGCCACCUUCACCCCCUGGGUGGCCCUGAGGGUGCACUACAGCCAGGAGGACGAGUACCUCGUGCCAGUCUACUAUGGGAACAUGGUGACUCCAUCAGAGGCUUCCAGUCCCCCUGAAGUGUCAUAUGAGGCAGACAAAGGCUCCCUCUGGACCUUGUUGCUCACAAAUCCAGAUGGACAUUUGAGGGAUGCAGACUCGGAGUACCUCCACUGGCUGGUGACAAACAUCCCAGGCAGUGACAUCAAGGCUGGUAAGGAGAUGUGCCACUACCUGCCCCCCUUCCCUGCCAUGGGGACAGGCUAUCACCGCUUCAUCUUCCUGCUCUUCAAGCAACACGGUCCCAUCGACUUCAGCCAGGAUGCUCGGCCCAUGCCCUGCUACAGCCUGAAGAUGAGAACCUUUAGCACGUUUGACUUCUACAGAAAGCAUAAGGAUGCCAUGACCCCGGCAGGGCUGGCAUUUUUCCAGUGUCAGUGGGACAGCUCUGUCACUUCCACCUUCCAUCAGCUGCUCAACAUGAGGGAGCCGGUGUUCGAGUUCGUGCGGCCGCCCCCGUUCCACCCUCCACAGGUGAAGUUCCCUCGGCACCAGCCCCUGAGGUACCUGGACAGGUACCGGGACACACAGGAGCCCACCUAUGGCAUCUACUAGCAGCUGUCCCCUCUGUGGCCCUGGGAUGCUGCCUCCUGGAUUUCCUGUGCUCCCCUUACUGCCUCAGGAGGGAAAAGACAAAGUCUCAGCUCCCAGUU